UGAUGACGUAUAAUCUGUGCGCCUCUCACAAGUACCACCGCUGAUCAGGAUGGCGACGAUUCCGCUUCAGCAGGAGACGGAGGAUUACUCUUUUUUGCCUCUUAUUCACGAUAUUUUAAAAUGCAUGGACAAAGAUAGCGCAGACGUCCAGCAGGAACUCAACAAACUAAAGACGAAGAUCCAAGAGGCGAGGGAACAGAUUCUGGCCAUGCCAGGUAUCGAGACGAACGUGGAGCAGCAGCAGGAACAGCUACGGACACUACAAGAACAAGUGCGCACGAAAAACCAGCUGUUGCACAAGUACAAAGGCCUGUGCAUGUUUGACAUCCCGAAAGUCUAAAAAGGGCAGGCUGGCAAUCAAAAUGCAGUAUAAGCACGGGGUGAACAGUGGCAGCUGUUUAUGGAAAUGUUAUUGUUUGAGUUGCUUAUGUUGUUGCACUCGGCUUGAUUAACACUGGAGUUGUGCUGGAUAAACUGUGAUGGACACGGAUAGGCCAAUAUGAUGGGCAUAUGUCGGCAGUUUUAUUAAUCUGCCGCACAUGCAAAAGUAUUUAGUGAGCAAACACUGUUAGGCCGACUGAUCAGUAUAGUCGUGUGCACUGCCCCCCCCCCGUUUUGAUUAUUUAUGAGAUUGCAGAAAUAAACAUAUAUGCUACACUCGCUUCCUUCUUUUUACCUUUGCGGAUUUCGUUUUUUUUUU